AAUAUGGUGGAGAUAUGUAGAUGACACCUUCACACACAGUGUUAAAAACAGAACAUAUCUCUAGCUUCUUGACACAGAUAAACUCACUAGUGGAGGGAAUAAAGUUCACAUUUGAAGCGGAAAAUGAACAAGGAGAAUUAGCUGUGAUGUUAGAUUGUGAAGUAAAACGAAUAGAAGAAGGUAAACUGCAAACUAGUGUGUACAAAAAACCAACUCAUUCUAGCAGAUAUUUAGACUUUAAUUCAUCUCAUCCGUUAACUGUUGAGGCAGGCUUAGUUAAGUGUUUAACAAACCGAGAACUGGCACUAAGUAGGACAAGAAAAGACCUAAAUGAUUAACUAAAACAGAUAGAAGAGGCGUUGAUGUUAAAUAACUAUCCUUUAAAAUUCAUUCGGAAGAUCGAAAAAGGCCAAAAUAAAAAUAACUGUGAAACUAGUAAUAAUAACAUAAAUAAGGGAGAAUAUAAGUCAUCUACAGUUAUACCAUAUAAAGAGGGGACAUCUGAGACCCUACGUAGGAUUCUA